UGUAUUCUUCUCCCUCAUUUACUCUCUCGAGAGUCGUGCAUUUUAGUCACAAAGCGAGGUUCACCUUUUCCCCUUCCGUUUUUCUUCGCUUUCUCUGACAUUCCAAACGGAAAACGAGGAAUCAAAGUGCGUUUGUUUGAACAACCCAAAUGACAUCAUAAUCACCAAUUCACCGGUAUCACACUCUUUCAUGCAGUAGCAGUACCACCAUUCUCUGCACCCCAUCAAAUUAAAUAUAACAAACCUUCCACUUCGUACUCCCAAACCGUAACUAAUCAAAAUUUGAUCGAGGAGAAUGGGAAAAACAACAUCAAGUAGAGAUUGGACACGGAUCUACCUCAUCUACGGAAUGGAUCAGUGGCAAACCUUCGUCUUUCUUCUCUGUCAAGCGAUUCUCUUUUCAGUUCUCUCAAUACUUUACCUUCUCUACUUCAAUGAUAUCUCUCACACUUUCCAAAGCCUUCUCAAAAUCGUCGCCGUGCCCGGCGGCGCCGCCCGCUUCGCCGCCGGGUUCACGGGAUCCGUGAUGGCACUCUCCGCCCUCUGUCUCUUCUACGCGGCGGCGAAUUUUUUUUACUCUGCCGUCCCACUCCAUUCCGAGAUGACCCAACGCAUCGUCGAUGCAGUCAGUGACUGGUCGACGGUGCGGCAGGUACUCGAUCUGGGCUGUUGUGGCCGCGGCAUUUUAUUGAAUGCCGUGGCCGCCCGCCUUAAAAAGGAAGGAAGUUCGGGUCGGGUGAUUGGGUUAAGUGGCCCGAACAAGGCCAAAUUAUCGGCCACGCUUCGGGCUGCUAAGGUGGAGGGUGUGGAGGAAUACGUAACGUGUCGGACAGGUGAUGCAACAAAACUGCCAUUUACGGACGGUAGCUUUGAUGCAGUGGUGUCCGGCACAUUCGUGCACACGGUGGGGCGGGGGAGUACUCCCGACGUGGCGACAGCGGAGAGAGGGAGGGCGGUGGCAGAGGUGGUGAGGGUGUUGAAGGAGGGUGGGGUUGGGGUGGUGUGGGACCUUGUGCAUGUGCCGGAGUAUGUGCGACGGUUACAAGACAUGAAAAUGGAAGACAUAAGAGUGAGUGAACGUGUGACGGCGUUCAUGGUUAGCAGCCACGUCGUGUCCUUCAGGAAGCCAACUCACCACGUGCAUGGCCCACCUGAGGUCAGGUUGGAUUGGAGAUUCUGCUGACGUGGAUUUUCUUACACACACAUUUCUAUCUAUGUAUAGAGUGAUAUACACAAUGAAACAUUUUGUGUACUUUUAUAGUUUUGUCUAAAUGUUUUUCAUUUUUUGUUUUAACUAUGAUGUUAUGAAGAAAAGCAGUACUUGGCUGGGGAGGCAAAGUCGAACCAUGCAAAUUAAAAAUGAGUAAAGUUUUCUGUAGUUUAUUGUAUAUAUUGUUUAAUACAUGUAUGUGUGAGACUCUGAGUUAUAAUUUA